AUGGCCCUACAAGGCAGAGACUUGAUCCUUGCCGCCGUCACAUGCUUCAUCGCGUGGGGCUAUGCCGUCAGCUGGGUCCCGACUUUGCGGUGGAUGGGCUACGCCUUGGUCGGAGGAGUCGUCCUGACCACCGCCGCCUUGUUCGCCCUUAUACUGCUCACGUCGCGCGGAUUCAGACGCGGUUUGCGACAUCGAUCGCCCCGUCCAAAUGGCCCUGCAUUCCUUGCGCCCAAGGUCUGGGCUCGCGAGAUCGCCGGUCUCCAGACGCGACAAGCUUACUCGAAAGUGCCCAUCGACCCUGAUUCCCGCCGCAUUUCCAAAGCUCUCGACGACCUCAUCGAACUGAUAAUCCGCGACUUUGUUAGUUCAUGGUACUCCAACAUCAGCAAGAACCCCGUCUUCUCCAACCAAGUCGACAAAGCCGUACGCGACGCCCUUAUCGGUAUCCGGGAGCGACUUUUGGAGCUCGACCUCGUGGACAUCGUUACUACACGAGUUGUUCCGAUGUUGACGGCACAUUUUCGAGACUUUUACGAGGCCGAACGAGCUGUGCGGGGGAAGAAGCUGAAUCGGUCCGUAACGGAAUCCGAGGAGCUGGAUCUUGCAAUCGCCUCCAAAUACAAGGACGGGAAACUUCAUCCCGCUGCGUCAUUGUCGUUUCCCGACACGAAACUCGUGCAACAAGAUUACUUGCGGAAAAUGGUCUCCGCGAUCUUGCCAAACGUUCUUCCACCCAGCGUACUUGCUAGCCGGGCCGUAUCUACCAUCAUCCGAGAGAUCGUGGCUUGCGCCGUGCUGUUUCCCGUGAUGCAAAUUCUGGCCGAGCCUGAUACCUGGAACCAAGUGAUGGAGAACUAUGGCCGUUCCAUGCUACAGGAUCGAUCAACGGUCCGGAAGCUUAGGGCUGCGUUAGAUCAGCAUGCCUCUCCAACCCCGAGAUCCAGCAAGGCCGCCAUCAUUCCCCGUCUUUCGCCCACGGAUAGCGAGAGAAAGUUUGAAAAGUUCAUUCGCGCGAUACGGAAAGUCAACAAUCUCUCCGACGCCAGGAGGCUGCGAAGCGAGGUUGCGAGCCAACUAAAGCGCGAUUCCUUAGAGGAAAAUCAGGAUCAGGUUUAUCUUCGCCGGCUGGAGAUGGGCAAGCGGCUUCUAGACCAACGCGUCCAGCUUCUAGCGGCGGGCGGAAGCCGACAAGCUUCUGCGACCUUGCCUGCUCGUCCAGCCGGUGUUCCCCAGGUAGCUUCGAAGCUCGAGAACGCAUCACUGGUCGACUUGCUUCGAGAUGCAUCUGGCCUAUCCUACUUCAUGGAGUUCAUGGACCGUCACCGCAUGAUGCCUCUUGUUCAGUUCUGGCUGGUCGUUGACGGUUUCCGAAACCCUUUGGAAGAUGAGGGCCAAGACGACGAACACUUGCCAUCCAAUCUGCCAAUGUGGACCGAUUCUGAUCGUCUGGAUCUCGCUCAGAUCGAUCACGCAUACCUUGCUAAGGCUGAACUGAAGGUCUCACAAGCCUCUCGAGACGAGGUCCGAGCCUUUCUGGACGCCGGUAAAGCAGCAACCCCUGAGCAAUAUUACAAGGCGCGCAGGGCCAUCCUGAGGGCUCAGGCGGCUGUCUUGGAGAGAAUGCAAGCCCAAUUCUUCCAGGCUUUCAAGAAGUCCGAUCUCUUUUAUAAGUGCUUAGCAGCGCAAGAAGCAUCAGCCAACAUUGCAUCUUCCCCCAUCGCAGAGCCGUCUGCCUCGUCGCAAGCACACCCGCCAAUGUAUCGCAAUUCCCAGUCGUACCAGUCCAAGCCCGGCCCUGUCGCCCGCUUGGCGCCUAGGUUAUCACGGCCGCUAUCUCGGCGUGCCGGAUCCGCUUCCGAUUUGGCGAGUCUCAACGUUAAUGGCAGCAGCGGCUCUGAACCAGUACCGCGGCAACGACACUCCCUAGAUGAAGAAACGCCGGCACCGCUGUUUGACGACGAUGAUUUCGACCAAGAUGGCAUGAUGGACUCUGUUCAAAGUCUUGACCAGGAAACAGGCAAGCCGGUUCCAGAUACCAACGUGGUGCAGGCCAUGGAGGAAGCAUUGAAUAACAUCAUGGAGGACAACCGACCACAGACAGCCGAGGAAUUCCGAGCUUCGCUUUUCGGGCCCGAGGACGCCGUCGAUCGGUCAAGCCUGUUUUCCGGGGACAACGACUCGCAUCGUGGAUCACUUGAGGUGUCAAGACCUGCCGCGCAAUCGUCUAAGGAGGCCGAGAAGCCGAGUCUUGCGUCCCUUGGGCUUGUCAGUGCAGCAUCGCGCAUAGGAGUCUUCGUGGACGACGACUUGUUCGGCGACGAGGAUAAGUACCUCUCUGACGAACGAGACGAUGAGGGCGAAGGGGACAAUGGUGAUGUAGAAGAUGAGGUGCACGAGGCGGCGCCAGGCGACCUUGGACUAGCAGAAGCCAUCACAGCCUUGUCCAAUGACAUUGACCGUCUCAUUGCGCAGGAUGCCAUUGUCGAAUCCCUGACGAAGAAAGCGGAGCUUACCAACAACACAGCCGAGCUUCGGAUUCUCCGAAAGUCUAAAGCGAGUUUGCAACGCGAAAUUCGUCGAAAAGAACUACAAAGGCAGCAAUAUGUCGUGCAGGAGAGCGACAACAGCCUGUAUGGCCGAUCUUCAAUCAAGAUCAAGGCUAUUCAGGUGGGGCGAGAAGACGACGGCAGAGAAUUUGCCUUGUACGUGGUCGAGGUACAAAGAGAUGCCGGCGAAAAGAUGCCGGCAGCAACAUGGAUGAUCACUCGCCGGUAUAGCGAGUUCCACGAGUUGCACCAGAAGCUUCGUUCAAGGUAUCCUUCGGUUCGCAACCUCGACUUCCCCCGCAGAAGAAUGGUCAUGAAAUUCCAGAGCGAGUUUCUCCGCAAGCGACGGACAGCUCUUGAGCAAUAUCUACGCGAGCUUCUGAUGCUACCCGAAGUCUGCAGGAGCCGGGAUCUACGAGCGUUCUUGUCGCAAAGCGCGAUUGCGCAGGGCACGGACAUAGUCGACCGCGAAGACAAGAAGGAUAUGAUCACAAGGCUGUACGACUCUGUGACGGACGGCGUAGAAGAUAUCCUGGGCAACAUACCCGUUUUGGAUCAACUGUCACUAGCUGGACAAAAUCUCAUCGCGGCCGCCACGAACCAGCUCAACGCCGUACCACUGCCUGUCAACGAAGACGGCGUCAGCGCUGCCGAGGCUGAGGCCGAGUUGAAUGCGUUCGAGAACAAGGAACUGGAGUCUUUCAUCAAGCCAAUUUGCGACAUUUUUCUGGAGGUCUUCGAACUCAACCGCGGAAACAACUGGCUCCGUGGGCGUGCUGUUGUAGUUGUCCUGCAACAAUUACUUGGCGGCACGAUCGAGCGUAAAGUUCGGGACAACGUCAAGGUGUUGGUCCAGGAGGAUGCCAUUCUUAAGUACAUUGCCCUCCUCAAAGCCAGCAUGUGGCCCGGCGGUGAGAUGGAUAAGAACAAGCAGCCGCGGACGGCAUCAGAAAAGAAGAAGACGAGAACGGAAGCCAGUCUGAUGCUGGCAACUCUCGUGCCAGACCUAGCCGGGAGUGUGGUUGGCAGAGUGAACGCCCAGGCCGCCAGCCGGCGUGUAUUUGCAACAUUUAACAAUUCGAGGCUCAAUGCUCAUCUGGCCUUUACGUUUAUAGAUGAGCUGGUGGAGAUUAUGUUUGGUUGAGUCCGGGAUUCGUCGUCUUCAUUUGCUUAUCGUCUAGUGGAAGCUAAGGGGUUUUCCUUGAGCGCGUUGGCAAUUGGCAUAGCAUGGCGUCUGCUAGGAAUCUUUCUGUUCACGAUACAAACCGGGGCAGGGUCGCGUGCGAUUAUAGGGCCGCAUGGGCAGGCGUCUGGUAUUCGAUUUCUUGGUUUCGAGAGAAUCACAUUGCAGAACGAGAGAAGACGAACCACUGGAUGGUUUAUUGUGUAGAAUGUUAGACAAGGUAUCUGUUGGGAUCCAGUACGAAGAGAAGGCACGACGCGAGGCUAAGUCCAUUUAGGACUUGGACUUCUACGGCCGCUUGAAACGUCUGUGCCGAAUCACAAUACUUUGGAAGACGCUGAUCCAAGGGGGACGGGCAAGAUAGGUACAUGCUGUCGACUAACAUGAAGCAAGGAUUCAGCGCGCUGGAAGUGGCUAUCAGGAAAGCUUGCCACGGGUGACCGAACAUGCAACAUGCCGUUUAUGCUGUUCGUACGAGCCGGCGUGGCCCCUUUGUUCGCCCCCUCCACCCCUCCCCUCGAUAUGGUGAGUGGCACUUUUGGCAACCAAAGGCUAUGUCCGCCCAGUUGUUUUUAAUCAUCGGUACCGGUGAGCGCGGUUGUCUGAAGGAGAAAAGAGGGGCAAGGGAGAACUCUGUUACAGAUGCAAAAUGGCACAAGGUAGGGGGUCAAUUCAGGGCUCGCGGGUUUCGGGCUGAUCUCAGGUCUGGAUACUCAAAGAGGGUACCGGCAGGUCGGUGAAUGUCGCGAAGAUUGGAUUGUUGAGGAGUUUGAUGAUGUCUGCCUGACUUGUGUCUGAAGAGAUGAGUUGGGUGAUUCCCCAGCACAGUUGCGAUACUAAAGCGAAGGAGGUUAAUCUCAGUAACCUGGCGAUUCGUCCUGGCAUUGAGCGAUGUCCCGAUAUCCCAAUGUCCCUCGGGUCGACGGCGAUCACAGCAGCACCUCACACGGGUAACCAGGGUCGGAGACGUCAAUGUUGGCUUGUCUUUGUUGCGACCAGCCAGGAGUUGUUUGAGUUGCCCGGUUUGGCGGGUCAUACACUGGAUACGGGCUGGGAUGGUAUGAAUCAGGGACCCAAUCAUCUUGACUUUUGAUUAAAUAAACAGCGAGGAUCUACUAUACAUAGUAGACAUCAAUCAGGCACAACUGGAGGAUGUUGCCGGCUAGCUCCGGAUCUGGCUACCCCUGACGGAGAUCUCGCUUUUGUCCUCCUCCCCGCUGAUUUGCUGAGAGGUUGCUUCGGCCUGGUCCCGGAUGGUUAGAGCAACUGAAGGG